AUGAGCUCGGGCUCACACUGGAGGAGAAGCAGUAGCAGUGUGCUUCUGGCUCACUCGCCAGAAGCACAGGUGGCAGCAAUUGAAAAGAAAUUGAGAUUGUUUUCGGUUUUUUUCAAUCAGAAGUUUCUGUCUUGCAGGUCAGUGCUGGAGGAGCCAUCUCCCCACAGUCACCCUCUCUACGGCCAUGGCGUCUGCAAGUGGCCUGGGUGCGAGGCUGUUUUUGAUGAUUUCCAGUCAUUCCUCAAGCAUCUCAACAACGAGCAUGCCCUGGAUGACAGGAGCACGGCCCAGUGUCGGGUGCAAAUGCAGGUCGUCCAGCAACUCGAGCUCCAGCUAGCGAAGGACAAAGAGCGUCUGCAAGCCAUGAUGACGCAUCUUCAUGUCAAGUCCACAGAGCCCAAAGCCACCCUGCAGCCGCUCAACCUCGUGUCCAACGUCACAUUGUCCAAGUCAGCACCCGAGGCCUCUCCACCCCUGAGCCUCCCGCAGACCCCCACCACGCCCACAGCGCCCCUCACGCCCCUCUCUCAGACCCACUCCGUCAUCACAGCCAACAGCCUCCACAGCGUGGGGCCGAUGCGACGACGCUACUCAGAAAAGUACAACAUGCCCAUCUCCCCAGAUAUCGGUCAGAACAAGGAGUUUUACAUGAAUGCAGAUGUUAGGCCACCAUUCACCUAUGCCUCAUUAAUAAGACAGGCAAUCCUUGAAUCUCCGGAAAAGCAGCUAACACUAAAUGAAAUCUACAACUGGUUCACGCGAAUGUUUGCAUAUUUUAGGCGCAACGCAGCAACAUGGAAGAACGCAGUCCGGCAUAAUCUUAGUCUUCACAAGUGUUUUGUGCGAGUAGAAAACGUUAAAGGGGCUGUGUGGACAGUCGACGAAAUAGAGUUCCAAAAGAGACGGCCUCAAAAGAUCAGCGGAAGUCCAGCCCUAGUGAAGAACAUUCAGACCAGCCUGGGCUACGGUCCAACUCUCUCUGCUGCCUUCCAGGCUUCAAUGGCAGAAAACAACAUACCUCUAUACACUACUGCUUCCAUUGGAAGUCCCACACUCAACUCCCUGGCCAACGCCAUCCGCGAGGAGAUGAAUGGAGCGAUGGACCAUGAAAACAGCAACGGGAGUGACAGCAGCCCGGGACGCUCGCCUCUGCCAGCUAUGCAUCACAUCAGCGUUAAGGAGGAACCACUGGACCCUGAAGACCACGACGGACCCCUCUCCCUGGUCACAACCGCCAAUCACAGUCCGGACUUCGACCACCACAGAGAUUAUGAUGAUGAUGUGGGCCAUGACGACAUGCUGUAAGGCCAGGGACCUUCUGGAAGACGGGAAGGCUGGACUUCAGUCUCUCAAGUGUCGCUCCAAGCAGACUGACGUUUUAGUGCCAUUGCAAAGCAAGAAAGUAAAAAAGUGGGAAAAGUGGAGGGGUGGGGGGCGUCUUUUGAGUUCAGAUUGCUUUCUACCUUUUGAUUUCAGUAACCUCUUAAACAGUGAAGACAAACGUUGUUGGAUGGAUCGGCUUGGUACCGGGGAGGGGGCGGGGACCAAAGUGUUUGAGGUCAAACCUUCGCUGCGCAGCCAUGACGGACUGCACUCAGUGGACUGCGAGGGACUCUGUACUCCCACCACCACACUCUCAGACACACAUGUGACCAGAGAGAGAGAUAAAGACAUUUAUUUACACGGUGUGUGUGUGCAUGAAGGAGAGCGAAUGAGUUCAUUGUCAAUGCCUUCAACAUGUUUAAUUCCAUCAAAAAUGGGAGGGAGCUUUUUUUUCUUUGGGGGGUGGGAGUGUCUUUUGUUGGUUUUAAGAGGAAGAUUCUAAAAUGUCAAUUUAUUCAAUGCUGUUUCACAUAUUGCAUCUUUAUUUGUGAUUAUUUUUUGAAACUGAUCAGACCUCAUGCCCGUGCUGUGGAGAUUCCGUGCGGUCGCCACUUGAUGAUGAAUGUUUUUAAUUUCCUCUCAUGCUGUUCUUUAAAAAAAGAAAAAAAUAUACACACAUGAAGCAGAAUGGUAGAUA